UCAUCAAUUAAAGUUAAAGCACCAUUUGAGAUUCAUUUCAAGGAUUUCUAACAUGGGAAGUAGUGGAACCUACAACGAUAACCAAGGGGUCGAGCUCGUUGUCACAAGGUUAGGAGAACCAACACUUGUCAAACCAUAUGAGGAAACCAAAAAGGGUCUCUAUUUUCUUUCAAAUUUGGACCAAAACAUUGCGGUCAUAGUGCGCACCAUUUAUUGUUUCAAGUCAGAGGAGAAAGGGAAUGAAACUGCUGUUGCGGUGAUCAAAGACGCUUUGUCUAAGGUUCUUGUUCAUUACUACCCGGCUGCUGGGAGGUUGACUAUUAGCUCUGAGAUGAAGCUUAUUGUGGAUUGUACUGAUGAAGGUGCUGUUUUUGUUGAAGCUGAGGCUAACUGUAAUAUCGAGGAUAUCGGAGAUCAUACAAAGCCUGACCCAGUGACUCUUGGCAAGUUGGUUUAUGACAUUCCUGGUGCUAAAAACAUUCUUGAAAUUCCUCCUCUUGUUGUCCAGGUAACAAAGUUCAAAUGUGGAGGAUUUGUACUUGGGCUAGGAAUGAACCACAACCUCUUCGAUGGAAUAGCCGCAAUGGAAUUCAUCAAUUCAUGGAGUCGAACCGCAAGAGGCUUACCUUUAAAAGUCCCUCCUUUCCUCGACCGGACCCUCCUAAACGCACGAAACCCUCCCCUCGUCGAAUUUCAACACGACGAGUUUGCUGAGAUCGAAGAUGUAUCAAACACCGCCGACCUAUACAAAGAAGAACUCGCUUACAGAUCCUUUUGUUUCUCACCAACCGAUCUAGAAAAUCUAAAACUAAAAGCCACCGAAAACGGUGAUAUCUCGAGUUGCACCACAUUCGAGGCGCUCUCGGCUUUCGUAUGGAAAGCCAGAACCGAAGCACUUAAAAUGAAACCAGAACAAAAAACCAAACUUUUAUUCGCGGUAGAUGGACGGUCCAGAUUUGUUCCACCUUUGCCAGAAGGAUAUUGUGGAAAUGGCAUUGUGUUAACAAACUCUAUUUGUACAGCUGGCGAGCAAAUAGCAAGUCCGUUAUCUUUUAGCGUUAAGUUGGUUCACGAUGCUGUUAAAAUGGUUACAGACGGUUACAUGAGAUCCGCGAUUGAUUACUUUGAAGUCACGCGCGCCCGGCCUUCUUUGGCCUCGACACUUUUGAUCACGACAUGGUCCAAACUAUCGUUCCAUGCCAACGAUUUUGGUUGGGGCGAGCCCUUAAUGUCGGGCCCAGUGGCAUUGCCCGAAAAAGAGGUGAUCCUGUUUUUAUCACACGGUGAAGAAAGGAAGAGUGUUAAUGUGUUACUCGGAUUGCCGAUUUCCGCAAUGGAAACGUUUGAAGAUCUUGUCAAGAUGAUAUAAUUUACAUAUAUAUCUACAAAAUCUGUGAAACUUGUUUUUUCUUCAAUUCAUGGCAUUAUUUGUGUUUGUUGCGAAUAUAUUUGC